AUGGUAGGAGACGCGAUGACGCUGCUGUCUCUGCUGGGUCGCAUCAUGCGUUACUUCUUGCUCCGACCGGAGACCUUGUUCCUGCUCUGCAUCAGCUUGGCGUUAUGGAGCUACUUCUUCCACACGGACGAGGUGAAGACCAUCGUCAGGUCCAGCCGGGACGCUGUCAACAUGGUGAAGGGCAAAGUGGCCGAGAUGAUGAUGAUGCAGGACCCGAUCGGCGAAGGCCUGCAGGUGAAAGAUGGCGAGUUCUCCAAAACAUGGGGCUUUAAGGACCAAAAUGUGGCCGUGUACUCCAUUCAGGGCCGCCGGGACCACAUGGAAGACCGCUUCGAGGUGCUCACCGACCUCACCAACAGGAGCCAUCCGUCCAUAUUUGCCAUCUUUGAUGGACACGGCGGUGAGGCGGCUGCUGACUAUGUAAAAGCUCACCUCCCGGACUCUCUGAGGCAGCACCUACAGGCAUUUGAGCGUGAGAGGAAGGACAGCCAGCAUUCGUACGCCUCCAUCCUAGAGCAGAGUAUCCAGGCUGUAGAUCGAGACAUGGUGGAGAAGUUUUCUGCUUCACAUGAAGAAGCAGGUACUACAUGUUUGGUGGCCUUGCUGACUGACCAUGAGUUGACAGUGGCAAAUGUUGGUGACUCCCGUGGUGUGCUGUGCGAUAAAGACGGUAACGCUGUGGCCUUGUCUCAUGACCACAAGCCCUACCAGCUGAAGGAACGCAAGAGGAUCAAACGGGCAGGUGGCUUCAUCAGCUUCAACGGUUCGUGGCGGGUGCAGGGUAUCCUGGCUAUGUCACGCUCAUUGGGUGACUACCCUCUAAAGAACCUCAACGUAGUGGUGUCUGACCCAGAUGUACUCACCUUCAACCUGGACAAACUGCAGCCCGAGUUCAUGAUCCUGGCCUCGGAUGGAUUGUGGGACGCCUUCAGCAACGAGGAAGCCGUGCGCUUCGUUCGCGAGCGACUUGACGAGCCUCAUUUCGGUGCCAAGAGCAUUGUUUUGCAGUCUUUCUACAGAGGCUGCCCUGAUAACAUCACCGUCAUGGUCGUGAAGUUUAAAAAUGCUAAGAAUGGAGACUGAGGUGCUUUUGUCAUCAUAUCGGCACUACAGUACUUGUACAAAUAUAAAUAUGUGCUUUUUUUAUUAAUAAUUAUUUUUACAAGUGUGCCAAAUGGACAAUGUUUUGGACUGUUAUUCUCUUUCUUUGCCCAACCAAUAUUUAUCGGAAGAAGCAAUAUUAAGUGCCACUGAGCAAGUAAUUGCGAUGCCUUGUUCCUUCACCUAAUUCUGCCUGAACAAUCUGAUAGACCAGUAUGUAUUUACUCUGAUGCUGCUUGUACUAACUUUUGUGUGUGGUUUAUUAAGACUGGUCAUUAAAUAAAAGAUCACACUGCA